AUGGCAGCCAUAAUAUCAACACUCUCCACAUUCAUCCACAUUAGCUGCACUAUCGCAUACGCGAACCGCAAAAUAAUCAACAAUGAUAACAGCAUCAACAACAACCAGUAUAUCAAUAAAUUCAGCCUGCCAGAAUUUUCUGGAAGCAGCAAAUACGCACCCGAUGCGGACCACGUGACCGAUUUUGUCCACUGGACAUUCGUGUUUAUCGUGACGCCAUCAAUAUCAGUGCUGGGGAUCGUAGGCAACACUUUCAGCGUCAUCGUCCUGGCCAAACAUGGCUUCCGCAAGAGCUCCAACAUCCUGCUUUUCACUUUGGCCAUUUCCGAUAUUCUUUUUAUGAUCGGGUGGGGCGCUGGGGGCUUCCAGUAUCCAGAACCCAGCGCCCGAAUACUGUAUUACUUCUAUCACAUCUUCGAUAGCCUCAACUGGGGCAGCGGACCGGCAUCGCUGUGCAUCCCUCCUCUUAUAACUAUUGAAAGGCUGAUUGCUGUAUUUCUACCGCUCAGGUUCCCUUCUAUCGUGACUCCACGGAGGACAAUCAUCGCUGCCCUCAUACCCAACCUCUUCUUUUACGGAAUUCAGAUAUACGUCCGCACCUGGUUCCAGUUUGCCUACGUCUUUGACAUUUCCCGGAAUGCCUCCGUCGGGAUCGCGAUAAGAACAGGCGUGUACUGGUCUCAGAGACACGUCUCCAAGGCGCUGGAGAUUGUGGUCAACUCUCUCAUCGGACUGGUCAUUUUUGUGGGCUUCGGCUGCGUGGCCAUUGGCAUCAAGGUGAAGCUAGCCGCCAUCAGGAGGCUCAAGAUGACCAACAGUACACGAGCUGGCAAGAAGACCAGGGGUGACCAUUCUACAUCGCGAACUACCAAGAUGCUGUUGUGUCUGUGUGUGUUUUACACAAUCGUAUGCUCUCCCAUCAGCUUGUCUACCAUCAUGCCAGAUCUCAUGGUGUUCCCGGUCUUCAUAGAGAACCCCAACUUCCGGUCUGUCGGUGUGUUUGUCUACCAUAUCUACAAAUUCCUCUUCGCCGUCAACGGAUCCGUCAACUUUGUCAUCUACGUGGCCAUGUGCAAGAACUUUCGAGACACCUUUUUAGACCUGUUCAGGAGAAAGUAA